ACGGCAUGCAAUUAGUCGCAUGCUCGAGCAUUGAUUGUUUACAAUAGUUAUUUUAAUUAAUUACUCGAUAUCUGUCUAUCCAAAUCAGUGUCUUUGCGUUGGAACAUAUCAAGGAACUAGCACAGUUGACAUCUAUGUCAAGAAUGAAUUAAAUCAAAUGUCUGAUGGUUUUAUUUUGGUUACGAAAUCAAAAAGAUCAAACAAGAAAUCAAGGAAAUUUAAAAAUAUUAACAUUGUGCAACAAUCAAGUGACGAUUUCAAUCUAGACAAGGCAAUUAAGCAACUAGAAAACAUAAAAUUUGAUUUACAAACAUCAGAUUUCUGUGCGAAGGCAUUAAUUCAACUGGAAGAGGUGAUUAAUCAGCAAUCUGUGAAGGAAAUAAUUUGUUUGGGUAUUGGAAAAAUUAGUGAAGAUAUAAUUGCAAGACAUCAGUUAGAAUUAAUAGCGAUAAUUAAAGAAAAAUUCCAAAUUGAAAGCAUAAAAUUUUAUGAUCCAGUUUUUGAUCAAAACGACAAAUUACUCCUUGAUUCCUUUAAAUUUGAAGUACUUUUAGAAAAUAAAGAAGGGAAAUAUAGAGUAGAGCAUCCGACAAUAUUCUAUCUUCCCCAUUGUCCCAAGCAAAUUACAAAUAACUUGCUGUACUCAAAUUGGAAUUUUGAAGAGUUGAAAAAUCUAAUUCUCAUUUGCAAUAGCUUUAAAUCUAUUAAAGAGGCAACACCAGAGAGAUUCUUAAGACCCAACGCACAUUUCUUGCUUGAAAUAAGUAGCUUCACAAAGGAAUUAGAGAUAUCAAACACCUUCAAGUUUAGUGACAUUUUUAACGACUUUUCAAUUCAUUCGUUCCCAUCGAAAACUUUGCCUGAUCAGUCAUCAAAUUUUUGGACCGACCAGCCUAAACCGAACUAUUCAUUAGAGGAUCUAGAACUUGUGAAAGCAUAAUGUCUGGAACUAAAGUCUUGAGAGGAAUUUUAAAUGAAUUGCGACUAGCAUCGCCAAACAAGUGCAUCAAAAAUUCAUUAGCAGCAAAGUAUGUAGUCUCGCAGUUCAAGAAAUAUCGUAUAACUGAUGAACAGCUUUGCAAGGAGAAGGAUGAGAUGCUAUUUUUGGGCAAUACUUAUUUGUGCUACUUACAGUCAUCAAGAAUAUAUCAGCGCAUAAAUGAUGAAUAUAAAGGUGCUGGAGAAAGAAGUGUUGAGGAUACAGCAGCAAUGGUAGGUUUUAAAUUACCUCACGAUCCAAAAUGAACAUUUUAUUUCAUGGAAUAUGAUACAGAAAAUUUUUAGCAACCAGAAUCAAUAAAUAAAACUGUUAUGAAGCAUAUUGUCUUCCUAUAAGUUUUGCGAUUGUCGUCAUUUGAAUAUUUGACGUGCCUUCAUAAAUUGUUCCA